AUGAAUAUCAUUGAAAAUGCUGAAAAAGAAUGCGCCGUACUCGGCUCGUUAUUUCAAGGAAUUGUUAAUGAAAUGAAGAACAGUUCAACAUUAUGGGAAGAUUUGGUAUCAAAAGCCAACAAAAUGCAUAUUCAACUCAAGUACGUUUAAUAUAAUUAUGUUUCGUCAACCUUGAAAAAUCGUAUUGAACUAUAGAAGCAGAAGAGUCUUAUGCACGAGACAGUCAUUGUAUUUGCCUGAUCGAAUCAGCAGGAGAAGCAUUUGA